UCGAAAGGUCGGAGCCAUCUAACGUUUACUUUAGGAACCAUGGGGUAUGACCAUCAAUUUUUGCGGGAAAAUAGUUUACGUGUUAUCGCAAUGAGAUGAGAUGUUUUGGCAAUUUGAAAUUAUUGACUUUGUAUGCCAUAAAUGCUGUAUUGUUUAUAUGUGGGAGGUUUGUGUGAAUUCUACGAUUGAUUGUAUGAAUGUUAAACAUUCGAUUCUUUUUUAUAGGAUGGGUGUAACGUGUAACAGAAACUAGGUUAGAAACUGAUAUUUAUAAAAAUGGCAAGUGUAUUAGAGGAACCAAAUGCACCAUGGACCAAAAAUUUGACAAGGCUACAUGAAAUAAAUUUUACUGAAGAUGUAAUCUUAACUUACAAUCAAGAUUCAAACUCCAAGAAAAGUGUGAACCUUGGAUAUAGGAUGUUCAAAGCACAUAAAACAUCAAAUGUUUUUAUUGCAAAUGAUGGUAACAAGAUAUUUGUAAAAGCUAACGUUCAAGCUUCUUUCACGUUAAGCAAAAAAUAUCUGUGCAAAAUACUAAUAUAUGUGCAUCUGAAAGUAGAAAUUGUCAAAGCGUCAUGUGGGUGUCCAGCUGGUCUUAGUGGUGCAUGUAAACAUAUAUAUACUUUGUUAUGGAGCGUUUUUGAUAUUGCGAAGACACACGCAAGUAACUUAACAGAAGUAGCGUGCACAUCAUUACCACGGAAGUGGGGUAUAGGAGCGAAAAGUAGGACUCCUAGAAGUGCAACCAAAUUUGCUGAAUUGAAUUUUAUAAAGCACGAUGUGAAAAGAAAGGCAAAGAACACUGAACGUUUGAUAUUACAGCGGAGAAAAAAUUUGGCAGACAUUCAACUAACUGUUCGGAUUGACAAAAAAUAUAUUGAAAUAUUAAAAAAAGGACUGGCAGAUAAUGGCAUAGGAGAAAUGUUUCAAGAUGUUUUGCAGGAAAAUCAUUUAAAGCAAAAUUCCCCUUUACCCUCACUUUUUCCUAAAGAAGCUGAAUUAUUGCCUAGUGACGAUGUUAAUCAUGAAGCUAUACAAGUACCAAUAUUAGAUUUGUGGAAAAAUGAAGUAGGUGAAAUAAUAGGAAGAAAUAACUAUAACGUGAAGUUGUUAGAAUGCUGCCAAAUAAACUUAAGUCAAGCCCAGGAUCUUUUCAAAAACACAACUACUCAAAGCGUAUCAGAAAGGUGGAAAAAAGAACGGAGUAAACGAAUUACUGCUUCCAAUUUUUAUGAAAUCAUUAGACGGAAAGCAAGUGUUACAAACGCGUUUGUAAAUAAAAUUUUUAAAUGUACAGAAAUACGACAAACUGCAGAUAUGGCACUUGGGUUGGCAAACGAGGAGAGAGCACUAGAGAAAUAUAAGAUAUCGAAGAAUCUUGUGGGCGAAGAAAUUAGUAAAGUGUUUGAUGUAGGAUUAGUAGUUAAUCCUGGGUGCCCAUUUUUAGGAGCGACGCCUGACAAAUUAGUUCAAUUUACAUCUGGCAAUAAUGUCCUUAUAGAAAUUAAAACUUUAACAAAAGCGAUGAAACUUGAACUGUCUGUAACAGAAAGUAUUAAACAAAAUUAUUGCAACUAUCUUUAUUUUAACGAAAAUAAUCACAUUGCAUUAAAACAGAACAGUAAGCAGCAUUUUCAAGUUCAGGGUCAAAUGGCUUUAAGUGGUAUUUUCGAAUGCGAUUUAGUGGUUGAUAGUGGAAGUAGUUUUUUUAUUGAAAGAAUCAGUUUUGAUCCACAUUUAUGGAAAACAUUAAUGUUACCAAGUUUAACGAAAUUUUAUUUUUUACAUUUUGAUAAAUCUUGUAAUUUGUAAUGUUCACACCUAUUUUUAUUAUAUUACUUAUGUGUAUUAUUUUAUUUAAUUCUAGUUUGUAAUGUUAAAGUAUUGUGUAGUAUCUAUGUCUAUAUAUUAAGCCUAACUGUAGAUUACUUAUUUCUAUUUAUGUUGCAUACUUUUCUAUUAAGUAAAGGUUCAUUAAUAAAGUUCUGCAAAUGGCAACAAAUUUUCCAAAUUUGGUUUAAACUGCAAUGUGCACUAUUCGGAAACACAAAUUUUAAAAUUCUGAAGGUUUUAAUUUCGCUUAUUACUCUUUCUACAUGAAUUCGUAACGAUGCAAUUUCUUUUGUUUUCUCUACAUCUGCUGGAGAAAAUUGUUUCGAAUCUGAUGCAAGGAAAGGUGGUAUAUUUAAUGCAACUCCACGUGCCUCCAAUUCGUCACGAAUGACAUACCCUUUGUCGGCCAUAACUGAAUCGCCAGGUUCUAACAAUUGUAAAAUGCCACAACUGUUGAAUAUUUCCUUAUCACUACUCCUCCCGGGAUACAAAUCUGAGAUAAAGGAUACAAAACCAUUAGGGGUAAUACCUAACAAUCCUUUGGCCGUAUUAUGAGAUUUAUAUUGUGAAUAAGUGUAACUUUGAACAAUAAAAUCUGAGGGCAUUUCUAUAAAUAAUUCGGUACUAUCGAUCACCACCCUUGUGGUUGGAUAUUUAUUUUUAAAUGAUAUAGGCAUAUACUUACAAACUAAAUCUUUACUUGGCCAUAUAUUAAUUUGGUUUAAUGUCACACUGCACAAAUUUAUCCAAAAAAUCACAAUCUUACUUAUUGCACUUUGGCUUAUACAAAAUCGGUAGGCCAGGUCUUGUUCUAAUAAGCCUAACCGUAACCUACAGCAAAAUACCAGUGCUUGUUCCUUAUAUGAGAGCGAAGAGGGUCUGCCUGGAAUGUUACGUUUUGCUUUUCUGUAUGGCAAAUACAUGAACUUUAACAAAAUUUUAAAUCUAUUUACACUUUUGAAACCAGUAUAAAACUUUAACAUUUGUUCAUUAUUAAGUAUGUUUGAUAAAUUAAAACUUAUUGCUUGUCUACAGCUCUUCAUUUGAUGUUCUAAUAUUUGCAGUUUUAGCCUUACGUUAAUAUUCUUUUU